GCCGUUAUCAUUCUCUCCGCCCACUGCAAAGAUGGAGGACGAUAUGUCAGAUCUUAGCAGACCUCAAAUGUUUUUGUUUGGUUGUACGCUGAGGCCGGAUAAGCGGGAGUUCAAAGUUGACCUGGAUGACGAAGACACAGAACAACAGCUGUCACUCAAAGCUGUGUGUCUGGGAGCCGAGGCGGAGGACAAGUUCCACAUGGUGGAAGUCGAAGGGCUCACGUAUGACGCAAAAACCGCCAAAGUGCCGAUAGCUGUCCUGAAACCGUCCGUCCUGCCAUCUAUGAAUUUAGGUGGGUUUGAGAUCACUCCACCUGUUACCUUUCGUCUCGUUUCCGGCUCUGGUCCAGUUCACAUAAGCGGCCAGCAUUUUGUCAGCGUAAAAACAUCAGAGGAUGAAGAGGAGGAGAACAACACGUCUCCGGUGAAGCGGCCUGCGACCCUUUCCUUAGUCAAGAAGCCUCCACAGAAAAAACUAAAAAUGGAUUCUGAUGAAGAUGAUGACGAUGACGACGAUGAUGAAGAGGACAGUGAUGAAGAUGAAGACGAUGAUGAUGAGAGUGAUGAAGAGGAGGUGAUGCCUCAAAAGAACGUGGCAAAACCCAUCAAAAAAAGCUUUGAGUCGACGCCUAAAAAACCCAACAAGACGCCUGUGAAACAAAACGGACCAGCAGAAAAAUCCGCCGGAUCUGCAGCGAAACCCCAGAAUAAGACUCCUGGUAAAGACAAACUGCAGGCUGGCCCGUCUAAAACUCUCACUCUGCCUGAAAUUAAGAGCAAGUUAUCAUCAGUGGCCAAGGAGGGAAAACCACUUCCCAAGACGGAGCAGAAGUUUGAGAACUUUUUAAGGACUUCUUACAAAGUGACCGACAAGAAAGUGGUCAAGGAUCUCUGGAGUUUUUUGCAAACACUGAAGACUGAGAAGAAGUAACGAGCUUUUAUCUGGAAAGAUUUCUACGUUUUCCUGUGACACGUUUAAAGGCACAGUCUGCAAUGUUCCCUACUUAGCCUCAUCCUGUCAGCGCAGACACAAACUACACUCAGGACAGAUUAUAGAAACUCAGUAUAGGUUGCAGCAGAGCUGACGAUUGUUCCCAUUUGUUUGGCUUUGGGUUUUUUUUUUUUUUCUAAUUGAAAAGCACUCAUCAAGUUUGUCCACUCACAUGAAUUUGUUGGUAGGCAUCAUGCAUAAUUUGUUUAUUAGGUAAGCUGAUCCGGAUCAUCUGCAGGAACUGAACUAACCCUGCAGUUAUCUGAACAUCUGAUCAUAACAAAACUUUCUAAGAUCUAUGGCAAAUCAAGGCUGCUGAUUCUCAGUAUGAAUUAAGACAUUAUGAGGUAAUGGAUCGUCUGAAUACAAAGAUGAUAUUUAAAGUACGUAAACGACUGAGCCGACUUUAAAUGAAGAGCUCAGUAUCAAAUCGCCAUCUUCUUUUGACUCAUUUCAGGACUCACCAAGUUAAAUCUUCACAAUGAAUGAACGCCGUGAUGGAUUCCUUUACAAACAGUGUAGCUGACAGAAGUAAACAGCAUUUUCCUUUACCUGGUUCCUUCUCACCUGGAAACAGCAGGUCUAGAACAGCUUGGUUUGGCUGCUCUGGAUCCCCGACACUAUGUGUCCUCGUUUAUUAAAUGAUGCAAAAGGAAAAAUUGCACAUUGUGCCUUUUUACGUACUUCAUCUGCAGCCAGAGUGAAAUCUGAGUCUUAUUUUUGUUGAUAAGUAAAGUGUACAACCGUCGUCGAGGAAAAUGAAGUUGGUUCAUUUUCUAUCAUCGCUCACUGACAGAAAACGUCUUUUUGUUUCUUUUUUUUUUAACUUUACUGUAAACACAUCUCGAAUAUUCAAUGAAUUUGUCAAAGAUUUCACCUUUUAGAUCCUACAAAAAUACUGUAAGGACUUUUAUCAUAAACGUGUAUCUGCUCAGUUAAAGCAUAAAUCAUAUCUCUACUAACCCAAAGGGUUACUCCUCCCUCCUUAACACAAAUAAAUUAAAAUAUGUUUUGCAACCAAGAACUCAUAAAAGCUGUACAUCUGCAGUAAUGGGUGCAGCUAAUAAAGAGCUGAGAGCUCGUUUCAAGAUGUUUUCUGCAGAAGUUGAUUCGGCAUUUCUCUGUUUAUCCUCCUUUUUGUUUUUUAUAUCCGACCCCGAACACGUGUUAAAACAAUUGUUUUUUAAUCACGGCUGAAUUUUAACUGUUAUGAAAAAUGUUCUGCUCAAGACGGCAACCACAGCUUCAGCCAAGUGUUGAAUGAAUAUCCAUAUUUGGUUCUGGAUUUAAAAGCAUAAGCAGAUGCUUUAGACAAGACAUCAUAUUUAAUACGAUGUAUAAUUUCAGGACGAUCAUAUCAAGGGACUCUAACUCCACAAUAUUUUCGUCUGAUAUUCCAGCAUAAUGUUGCUGUGAUCGCAUAUAAUUCAAAUCUCUGAAAAGGUUUGGUUUCCGUUUAAUAUCUCGUAACGAGUGACGAUUUUCUCUUAUUACUGUCAUUUCAAUGUCUUUGUUAAUUUACCUGAAGCUAGGUUCAAAUGUUUCCUUGUUGCUGUAAGCUUUAGGUUCUCCUGUCAUUGUUUCUAAUAAAGCUUAUCACGUUUAAUGAACAUUGUUUUUCUGUAAAUAAAUCUGCUUUUUGUUUGGAAAUCUGGCAGCUGAACAGUUUUGUUCUCCAUGUUUUCUUUCCCAAAGCUUUCCGAAAACAUCCGCAAACCUUGCUUAUGCUCUUUUUGAAGCCAUGAGGCAGUUUAUUAAGUACUUAGUGUGUGAACCCUUCUAAGUUUUUAUAGCUUUCCCGUUCAUGUCUAAUCUGUCACUUUUUGUCUGCCACGUUUAUUUUUGAGUGAUGCUGAGAAAUGUUCAAAUAAAGUGCGAAGAGGCUGUUUCUUGAUA